CAAAUUACACGUCACACGCAUGCGCUGUUCAAGUCUACGUCAGCUCAAUUUUUUCCUUCUAGCUGCUUUAAAGCUACGUGGCCAUCACUUCUCUGUCUUCUGAGAAAGAACAGGACGGAAACAGCCCAAACAUGGAUCAGGUCAUGCAGUUCGUGGAGCCCAGUCGGCAGUUCGUCAAAGAUUCCAUAAGGCUUGUGAAAAGGUGCACAAAACCUGACCGAAAAGAAUUUCAGAAGAUCGCCAUGGCAACAGCGAUUGGGUUUGCCAUAAUGGGCUUUAUUGGUUUCUUUGUCAAGCUCAUCCAUAUCCCCAUCAACAAUAUCAUUGUUGGCGGUUGAAUCCUGAUCAAGCAAACUCUGGACAGACCCUGUACGAAGUGUUAUUGGACUGGUGUGAUGCCGAACUAAACAGACAUUUUUACCUUCUGUGCUCAACAUUUAUAUUUUGUUGUGUAAAUAAAACAAUUGAAAACAG